CAAGGUUAUCACUGGUUCCCUCGAAACAUUCAAAUAGACCGCUCUUAUUGACGACAACGGGUGACGGUGACGACCAAGCUCAUUAACAAACAUUCUUUGACCCGAACUCCCGCACUACCGUCUCCACAUCACACAACUGCGCUACGCGCUACAGCACACACACACACACACACACGAUGCCAAACCCAUCAACGUCCUCUGCCCACUCCAUUCUCUCACGUCGCAUCAACAAUGUUACAGGUCCACUCAUAACGGACGGACCGGUGCCUCCACGUCUGCGCAACUCUCCUUUCCUCUUUCAAAUGACGACUUCCACUUCUACCGCUUCUAUACCUUCAUCCUAUCAUUCAACGUCCCCUCACUCGAGCUUACCCCCACCUAUACCGAUACUGGCAGCAGACGGAAGUACCCAUCCAACAUCAGCCUGGCUUGAUCAUGCCGAGUACAGCGCUCCUCCUUCCUCUACUUCCUCUACUUCUUCCACUUCACCUCCAUCACCUCAAUCACUCUCAUUCUCCGUUCCUGGAACACUUCUCCCACCUAGAACGAAGACCACAUCAGUGAGAGCAAAACUUCGUUCCCUCUCAUCAUCUUCCUCUCAACCCCAACCCCACCACCACCAUUCAAGUGCGAGUCAAAGUGCAAAUGCCAAUAGUCACCUCUACUAUUCUUCGAGUCCUUGCGAACGAGCAGCCCUUGCGGGAUCAGGACGUAUCAUUCCUUCUAUCCAAGUCUCAUUGGGUGGUCAACCUUCUUAUGCUACUACUACGUUUGGUGAAUCUGAAGAUGAGGAGGAGGAUGGGGAGAAACGAGUCGGAAUGGGUGAGGUUCUGUCGAUGACAAGGAGAUAAGUGAGAACUCUUGUCGGAGCUAGUCGUAUUCGCAAAGCUCGACUAGCAGCAUCUCGUCCCCCAUUCGCACCGAUCGUCCACGCACUCGUUCUCUUACCCAGCUCAAUCUCCAAUCUCCCUAAUUCCGAACAA